AAUUAAAACAUUGACAAGUUUAAACAUGAAAUUAUUAAAUAUAAUGAUCUUGAUAUUACCAAUCAUUGUGAUUGCAUCUGCAAAUGAAUCAUUCAAACAUUGUUUUGAUACUUUAGAUAACUAUAAUGAGAAUCAAAUAAAAAAUAUUUAUAAUUUUACUGUUGAAAAAGUUGCAAAUACUUCCCCAGCUAAUAAGAUAUUUGAAUGUUAUCUAAAGGAAACUCGUCAAAAGGGAGUUAAAACAAUUGAUGAAAACUAUUUUGAUAUCUUGCUAAAAUGCAAUGAAUACAAGAACCAACAAUUGUCUAAUUUAGAAUUGCAACAUAUUAAAGAGCUUAAACAAUUGGGGUUACCUUUGUAUUUGGAAGAACAUGCACGAAGUCGCAUAAAUGCUGGAUUAGGAAUGGGUCAAGAAAAUGCGAGAAACAUUUUGAAAUACAUUGAAAAUGAUUUGACUAAAAAGAUUGAAAUGAGUGAUCAAUAUACGCAUUAUAGAAGUUUGGUAUAUGCCAAAUUGACAUCAUUGGGAAAAUCUGGUAAAAAAUCUAUAGCUGCACAUGCUUCAAUUGUAUUCACCGCUUUGAUAGCUUUUUUAAUUAAACAAUUUUAAAAUUUUAUUUAUUAAAUUGUGUAUAACAAUUAUGGAAUAUUCUUCUGAAACCUGCCAGCGGAAUGAGCAUACAGUGAAUCAAUUAAGUAAUUUGCCUAUGUAAAAUUUUAUAAAUUUUAAGAAAAAACUUUAUUUAACAAUUAUUUUUAGCAAAAUAAAGCAAUUUGUUUGUUGUAUUUUUUUAAAGAA